CCCACCUCCUUUCUGCUUUCUCUCCCUUCCCUUCCCCUCCCGUCCCUUUCCCCCUUUUCCCCUCCUCUCUGCUGCCUCCCACCCGGCUGCCCAGGACCCCCAUGCCCACAGUGCCCAGCUGUGCCCAGCUGUGCCCAGCUGUGCCCGCAGCCAGCGUCCUGCUCCACUGCAGCCCCCGCCAUGGGGCCCGCUGAGGAGCUGGUCCGGAUUGCCAAGAAAUUGGAUAAGAUGGUGGCCAGGAAGAGCACGGAAGGGGCCCUGGAUCUGCUCAAAUCCCUUACCAGCUACACCAUGACCAUCCAGCUGCUCCAGACCACACGGAUUGGAGUGGCUGUGAACUCAGUGAGGAAACACUGCUCAGAUGAAGAGGUGGUGGCCUCAGCCAAAAUCCUCAUCAAAAACUGGAAGCGGCUUCUGGAGUCCACCACCACAAAAAAAGAGAAGGAUGCAGAUAGGAAGAAGGAGAAGGACGCAGAUGGAGACAAGGAGAAGAAGAAGGGGCUGGAUGUUUCCAGCUGCCCCAGUGAAGGGGUGAAGCACAGCAAGAAUACAGCUGAGAAGCACAGGGAGAAGAACAAGGAGAGGAAGCCCAGCAAGUGUGACUCUCCUGCCACCACCACCCAGGGCCACUGUGCCAGUUCCAGCCCAGAGAGAGAGUCCAGUGAUGGCAGGAGCCCCACUGCGUCCUCCAAGAAACCACCUCUGGACGGCAAGAAAGAGAGGAGAGCCUCUGCUGACUCCAGGUCCGCAACCAUCUCCUCCUCUUGCUCCUCACAGAAAAGACUGUCAGGGGAGAGGAGAGCCUCUGUGGGCACCAGCCUCUCCCCAGCUCCCACCAGCUCCCAGAGAAACUCCAGCGACAGCAAGGAGGAAAGAGCCAACAGCAGCAAGGUCAAACCCGAGGUGCCGCAGAGCCCCACCAGCCCCUCGUUCUCUGCCAGCCCCUGCUUCCUGGCCCCCUGCUACCUCACAGGGGACUCCGUGAGGGACAAGUGCAUUGAGAUGCUGACAGCUGCGCUGCGCAUGGAUGACGACUACAAGGAGUUCAGUGUCAACUGCGAGAAGAUGGCAUCGGAGAUUGAAGACCAUAUCUUCCAGGAGCUGAGGAGCACAGACAUGAAGUAUCGCAACCGGGUGCGGAGCAGGAUCAGCAACCUGAAGGACCCCAAGAACCCUGCUCUGCGGAGGAAUGUGCUGUGUGGGGCCAUCGAGCCCAGCCUCAUCGCCCGCAUGACUGCUGAGGAGAUGGCCAGUGACGAGCUGAAGAAGCUGCGGAAUGCCAUGACCCAGGAGGCCAUCCGGGAGCACCAGAUGGCCAAGACGGGUGGCACUGUCACCGACCUCUUCCAGUGUGGCAAAUGCAAGAAGAAGAACUGCACGUACAACCAGGUACAGACGCGCAGUGCCGAUGAGCCCAUGACAACAUUUGUGCUGUGCAACGAGUGUGGGAACCGCUGGAAGUUCUGCUGAUGCUGCUGGCGAUUGGGCUGGAGGGAGCAUGGUGCAAGACAAGAGGCUGUGACAGCACACUGGGGGCAGGAGGGGUCAGGGUGGCACCAGUCCCUCAACCCCAGCUCCUUGUUCCCUUGCACUGGGCUCCCUCAAACAUCCUGGGGACCUGGCAUCCGGCAAUGUCAAGCUCACUCGAGAAGGUCCCUGGGAAUGCAAUGGUUCUUCCCUGCAAAUACCUGUCCUUGGAUUGGGGUGUGCUGGGAUCCCACUGGGAACAGACUCACUCCUGGAAAGGGAGGCUGGUACAACCUGGGCAGCAUGCCCUUCCCUGGGAGAAAUCUGGAAUUGGAUGAUUUGGGGGCAGCAGAGGUGUUGCUCCAUGGGUGUGGGGCUGCGCCUGGGAGCUGAGGGUGGCACAGGGCCAGGUUUUAACCCAAAGACCUUCUUCCUCACCUAAGUGCACACAGAGGGAGGGGAGAGACAUGGAGGGGACAGGGUGCGUGCAGCGUGUCCAGAUGCUGUUGGGAUGCCACUGUGCCCCUCUGCUCUGUGGCAAAUGGACCAUCCAUCCUGGCUUGAAGGCACUGUGUCCCAGGAAAGAAGGAAGGAUGGCAGGGAGAGGAGCGAGGAAGAACCCUUCCAGCCAGAGUAAUAAAGGUGUGAACUAUC